CUUCAGUCCCACAAUGGUUUGGAAGUAGUGGAGCAACCUCAUCCGCAUCAGUACUUUCUCCCUUUGGAAGUUCAACGUCUUUUGGUGGUGAGGAUUGAUACAGAUGCUAUACUUAAUACUGCCGAUUUCAUGAAAGCAGAGUUACCAUAUCUUCUUUGACAGAGCUGUGAGGUGGUUUACGGAAUUGGUUGAAAAAAUAAAUCUGCUCCUUGAGAAAAGUAGCUAUGCAAUGAAGUGGCGUAGAGCGUACUCUUUUUCCAAAUGUUAGUAAUAACUGCAAUAUCUCAGUAUGGAACCACAUCCUUUAAUGCAACAAACAAUGCUACAGCUUUUCAAACACAAGGCAAAUCUCUGGGCUCGUCGUCCACUUUACCAACAUUUGGAAAGAAAUAUGAAGGUAAUAGCGUGGCCUAUAAACCUCUGCUGUGGUCCAGAGAUGCCAGUGUUUCAGACUCCUCAAUAUUUGGUUCCUACUCCUUCGGCCAGCCUGCAGUAUCCACGUCAGGUAAAAUAGUUACUACGCCAUUGCUCAAGAGCUCUGAUUUUGGAAAGUCAACUUUCGGUAUUAAUAAGAAAGGAAGUAGAAUGGCAUCAUACACUGCAACUAAAGAGAAAGAGAGCAAGGAAAAGAUUCAAUCCAUCUGUGGCAUGCAGACUUAUGAAGAUAAAAGCCACGAAGAGUUGAGGUUUGAGGACUAUCAGUUAGGUGAUAAAGGUCAGACAUGUGCUUCUAUAUUUGAUGUUUCAGGCACAUCUAAAUUUGGUGUCAUUGACAAAUCCAGGCCUUUCACAUCACCGGUAUUUAACCCAUCAACUGUUGAUCAACCUUUUCAUUCUCAUUGUCCAAAUCCAUUUGCCUUGAAAAGACCAGGGAUUGACUCACUACCAAAUGAGAAUUCUAGCACAACUUUAUCUACCCUACUAUUUCCAAAGUCACAGCAGUCAACUGUUUCCCAUAUAUUCCCCACCAAAACAUCAUUCUUAAACUCUACUGGCUCAGAUGUUUCAUCUCCAUUGACCAAUUCAAGCCCUUUUGCACCUUUAAAAGCGGCUUCCACUUCUUCCACUAGCUCCAUCUUUUCUCCGUCAAGUAAUCCAUGGGCUUUAUCAACGUCUUCUGCUCUAUCGUCUCCACCGUCUACUAGUUCUCCAUAUUUGGUCUCACCUUCCCCAGCCCAUCAUUUUGAUCAGAAUCGCUCUUUCUCUCCUUUCAACUUGCCCACCUUACCUACUGUAUCACCGCCAUCCCUUCUUCCAACUCCUGUCUCGACUACAGCACCAGCUCAAUCAUCCUGGCAGUUGCAGCCUACUUUACCAAGCCUUUUUAAUGUUCCAAGCACACCAUCCUCUUUGUUUCCCACAUUCGUUCCACUUGCUCCUAGUCAAAUUACUCCAGAAAAGACUCCUAAUAUUGAAGCAAAAAUUUCACCGGCCAUCUCUUCUCAGCCAUUGACAGAAAAUGGACAAGGAGUUGGUCAUCCGGGUAUCAAUGUGCAACAGUCUUACUCUCCAAGCAUCACAGGAUUGCAGCCAUCACCAAUUAUGGUUCCUUCUGAAACACAACCCGCGGUCCAGGUAUUCGUUGGACGCCCAGAUUCGGCAACAUCCGUGCAGUAUGGAAUAUCAAGCUUACCUGUUUCUGACAAAACUGCUCCGGUCAGACGAAGAUCCUCGUUGAUAAUACGACAUUCAUCUAUAAGUCGGCAUAGGUUGCCACCUCAAAAAUACAAUCCUACUAGUGAUAAACCAAAGGUUCCCUUUUUUAUGGAUAAAGAAAACGCUUCUGGCAUAGUAAGCAACAAAGAUGUGAUCAUUUCAAGGGAAAAUCCAAGGGAUUGGGUUCGUCCUACCACUAGAGAAUUUCCUUUGGGGUCUGAUUUAUGUAGAUUGUCUCAACUGAAGCAUGCAUCCGCGGAUGGGAUGGACGAUGGAGUCAAGGUUAAUGACAGUUGUGACAAGCCUAACAUAGCACCUGAAGAGAAGAUGCAUUAUGAUAAAUCUGGACAUUGUGUCCAAGUUUCACUUGAAAGUGAGGAUGUUGACGCCAUAAUGCCCAAGCUCCAACGCGCUGAUUACUACACAGCUCCUCCAAUGCAGGAAUUGAUAUCAAAGGAGAAGGAAGAUCCUGGUUUCUGUUGCCACGUGAAGGACUUUGUGGUAGGAAGACAUGGCUAUGGAAGCAUCAAGUUCUUGGGAGAAACAGAUGUCCGGAAUCUUGAUCUUGAUUCUGCUGUCCAUUUUAAGUGUCGUGAGGUAAUCAUCUAUAUGGACGAGAGCAAGAAACCUCCAGUUGGACAAGGCCUCAACAAGCCAGCUGAAAUAACUCUCCUUAAUGUCAAAUGCAUCAACAAAUUGAACGGGAAGGAGUACACAGAUGGACCAGUGGUCAAUAAGUACAGAGAUAUGCUUGUUAAGAAAGCAGUGGAGCAAAGUGCAGAAUUUGUUUCGUAUGAUCCAGUGGAAGGGCAGUGGAAAUUUAGGGUGUCACACUUCUAGAUUAGUUUACAGCUCUUGCUUUAGUACAGUGUUUUGGUUUUGGUAAUAUUCUACUAAGGUUUAUCAGUUCAAUUGUAACUGAUAUUAUAUUAUACAAUUUGCUCAUUUUGUUCAAUGGUUCUGAUCAUUUACUAUUCCCAGUAAUGUAUAUUUUACCAUAUUUGCAGUAUAAUUAUGUUAUAAUCUCGUUUCUACUUCAUUUAUUUACUAAUCGAUAGAUAUCCAUCUUAUCAGCAGCUAAAUGCUUGUUAAGAAACCUUACACAGUAAAUUUUUAUAUCCUCUCAGCGCACGAUAGCAGUGAAAUUAUCGUACGCCGUCGCCGGAAAUGGCUCGAGGCCGGCAGAAAAAAGUAGUGAAUAAGAUAGAACUGUCGAAUGUGAAGCUGGCCAAGGCAAAUCGAAGAGUAUACCAAGAAGAUGAACUCGAAAAGACCACGGCGGAGAUUGAGCAGAAUGAAACCUCUCUUGCCGACCUAGUUUCAACUAAAGCCGUUGAGUUAGCGCGUGCGGUGGUUAUGAUUACUCCUCCAAACAGUAACAGCACAAGAGAUGGGAAGCAGAUCUCAGCUCCAAGGAUGGUGGAUAUACAGAAAUCGGCGGCACAGAAGGUGAAUUUUGAAGAGAAGGCAGCUAACGCCUCCUCAAAUCAACCAAUUGAACAUGGGGGAGCACAAAGGCAACUGGAUCUGGUGCAAGCUAGUAAUGAAGGGAAGUCCUGGGCAAACCUUUUCACGGGUAACACACUGGCUUCCAAAGGUAUGAAACUACAAUUUAUUGCUCCUAUAAUCAAAGAUGGCGUUAAAACAGUGCAAUUGGAUAAGGUUGAAGUGGAAAGGGAAACUGAGAAGUGGAAGUCAGCGAUGAUUUUGUAUGUUGUGGGUGAUUCACCUACGAUUGGGGCUGUAGAGCGAUUUAUUGUAAGUCAGGGGAAUUAUGCUACUAAGUCGAAGAUCUAUUAUCAUAAUGAUGGUUAUUUCGUCGAGAGAUUUCAGAGUAUUAAUGGUAGAGAUGCAGUAAUGUUUUCUGGACCUUGUAUGAUCAACUAUAAACCUGUGGCUAGGCACACCUUUGUUUGCUGAUGAUUGCACAUCAAGAAUUGAAAGAAUUUCCUAUGCUCGAGUGCUGGUUGAAAUGGAUAUCACAAGACCUCUGCUAGAGAUAGUUACAGUAAUUGAUACACGAAACCUCAGUAUUGCUCCACUUGCUGUCAACUUGGUCAUACAUGCCAAAUUAAUCAACAGAAGCAAAUCAUCCCACCUAGAGUUGAAGUAAAAAAGACCAAACAAGUUUGGCAGAACAAGAAUGGUAAAGAAGGUGGGAAUCAAAAAGAAGCUGGAACCCAAAAAUCAAAUGGAGAUGGGAAUAAGAAUAACAAGUGCGCACCUCAUGAGACACAUCAGCUGAAAUAAGAGGCGGAGGAAAGGAAGAGGAGGGAUGGGCGAAAGUCAAAGCUAAUUCUGCUAGUAAGCACCCAGAGGGUGUAAUACUUGAGGAUACAAAUACUGAAACUAAUAAUGGUUUUACACCAUUGGCGGAACACACUCUUCAACAGAUGAUACAAGUAGCUUUGGCUGUGGUGGAUAGGGGACAAUCUAGUAAGAGUAGGGUGGUGAAAGAACGUGAUCUCUCAGUUAGAUCAAAAUGAUAAUAGCUACAUGGAAUGUUAGGGGCUGAAUAAGUUGUAUAAGCAAAAGGAGUUGAGGAGAUUAA